AUGUCAUCAAAAGGAUUGAUUGAGCGUCUAGAAAAUGGCGGACAAGUCCUCAUUGCGGAAGGAUAUCUAAUGGAAUUGGAGAGAAGAGGUUAUCUGCAGUCUGGGGGAUUUAUACCGGAAGUGGUUUUAGAACAUCCGGAGGUAGUCCGAGAACUACAUCGAGAGUUUGUACAUGCUGGCACCGAUGUGGUAGAAGCAUUCACAUAUUAUGGUCAUAGAGAGAAAUUGCGAACAAUCGGACGCGAGGGCGACCUAGAGAGACUCAAUAGAACAGCUCUUAAGAUCGCGCGGGAAGUGGCAGACGAGACCGGAAUUUUAAUGGCUGGCGGACUUUGCAACACCAACAUAUAUGACAAAGAUGAUGUUACUACACAUAACCAAGUCAAGGCUAUGUUUAAGGAGCAGGUAGAGUGGGCGGUGGAGGAAGGGGCGGACUACAUCAUAGCGGAGACAAUAAGCUACUACGGGGAGGCUAAACUAGCGCUAGAGGCAAUACAGAAAUACGGAAGAGGUGCCCCAGCAGUGAUAACUAUAGCAUGCUAUGUACCGGACAAGACGCUUGAGGGGCUACCGAUAGCCGAAGCAUGUCGUAAAUUGGAGGAGGAUGGAGCGGCCGUGGUGGGUCUAAACUGUGGACGUGGUCCAAGGACAAUGUUACCUACAAUCAGAAAAAUAAGGAAAGUUUGUAAGGGACCGAUAGCCGCCAUUCCCGUGGCAUUCAAGUCUACGGAUAAGUGUCCCACGUGGAUCAUUUUGAAAGAUCCGGACACAGGUAAGUCAGUCCUUAAACAGGUACGACUAGGCAUGGGUAAAUCUAGGAUGGACACGGGGAUAACCAAACACGAAACUGAUGAGUCUAAACAUGGGGUUACUUCACAGUAG